UGCCUGGACUUCGACCAGUGUGGUUAUGCUGCCUGCGAUUAGUGCCUGCUACUUGACUGUGCUUCUUGGUGUGCCCGUGUUGUGCUACUGUACCUGUGCUGUGAUUCUCCGUGUAUCGUAUUUGUACCUGUGUGUGUGUUCGUGUGCUGCGCUUGUGCCUGUUCGUGAGUGUAGCCUCGUAGCCUGCUUCGGCUUCGACUUCGGCUAUGCCGAAGCGUGGUAGAAGGAGGAGUAGGAAGCCAGACUCGGUAGGAUCGAGCUCCGAUUCGGCCGAGUCCAAGCGCUCGAGGAGCGUGGUUUCUUCCUCUUCGGAGGAAUCUGACGAUACGAUGAGCGUGGACAGUACGGAGUCACGUUCAUCCACCAGCGUGCAGGAGGAUAACUCGGCACAAUUUGUCACCGUAAACCGGCGACAACGGAAGGCAGUCCCGACAACGAAGCCUUCCACAACACCAGCUACGCCCGCUGUUCCUGCAGGGCGUACAUCGGCUCCGGCUCCCGUAUCGGCGGCAAAAAUGCCUCCGAUCACGGUGAAGUCACUCCCAGUAGCUGUCCUGCGUCCGGAACUGCAGGCUCGUGGAAUCACACCAGAGUUCCGUAUCUCCGGCGUAGGCACGUCAAUCACCGUUCGAUCUCCUGCUGAACAGCAGGAGGUCCUUAACUACCUGCAGCAGCGGAAUGCGGAAUAUUUUUCGCAUGACGCUAAAAACAUGCGUCCCUUCAAGGCGGUGCUUCGUGGGCUUCCGGAAACGGACCUCGCGGAGAUCGUUUGUGAACUGAAGGAAAUCCACCAGCUCGACGUUUUGGAGGCGUUCGAGAUCAAGCGCCGCGCAGAGGGCAUUCAAACCAGGUUGUACCUGGUUCAUUUCAAGCGAGGAACAUGCUCGCUAAAAAAGCUGGAGGCAGUACGGUCAAUCCAGCAAGUCAUCGUGCGAUGGGAGCCGUACCGCGGAGGGAAGAAAGGCCCGACGCAAUGCCAUCGAUGUCAGGCUUUUGGGCAUGCACCGAGAUACAAUCUUGCGAAGCGACUGCAGGACAUCAAGAACGCUCCAGACACACCAGCUACAACACCAACCACAACUCCAGCCACAACUUCAUCGGAAGACCUGUUUAGCCCGGAAGAGCUAUUCGCUAUAUUUAGCAGAAUGCUCCCGAAGAUCCGCCUUUGCCGCAACAAGGGAGAACAAAUCGCCGUUAUCGGAGAACUAUUGAUGCUCCUUCACUGACCGGGCGCUGCGAGUCAUCACAUGGAAUGCUCAGUCCGUCCGGACUAAGCAAAUUCCACUCGGUGACUUCCUCGUCCGGCACAACAUCGAUGCAGCGCUAAUAGUGGAAACAUAUCUCAAGCCUGAGAUGAGUUUCUUCUUAGGCAACUACACCAUCCAUCGUCUGGAUCGCACCACCUCCCGAGGCGGCGGUGUUGCCAUAGCGAUCCGACGUGGAAUCCGGCACACACUACUCCCGCACUACAACACCACCACCAUAGAAGCAAUAGGCGUCCAGCUCCAUACCGACACCGGUCCACUGCAGCUUACGGCAGUCUACUGUCCGCGGCAGUGCACUCUGUCGCGGAGAGCUACGUUCCGACAAGAGCUACACAUCAUCACCAGCAAUCCGGCCCGUUCACUCAUUGGGGGUGAUCUCAACGCCAGGCACCAGUUGUGGGGCAACGUACGGAGCAACACAAAUGGAA